GCCUGCACGCACGUAGUGUGACAUUUUCAUAGUCCGCCUGCUGCUGCCAAAGGGGCUUGGGGGCAAGACAAAAAAAAGUAGUUUUUUCCCUCCCCUCCUCCUUUUCCUCUCCUCAGCCCGCCAUCCUCGGCCCCGGCGCUGGGUGUUUCCCCCGCGCCCCCCAUGCGCCCGGGUAGCACGGCGGACACUUAGGGCUCCUAUUUGGUCACAUUUUUUUUUCUUUUUUUUUUUUUUUUUUUUUUUACCCCUUGAGAGAGGGAGGGAGGGACACAAGCUGCAGCUCUGAUUUUUUUUUUUCCUGUCCUCUCUCUCUCUCUCUCUCUCUCUCUCCUUCCUCCAUCGCAUUUUGUUUUAUUUCCCCCUUCCUCCCCACCUCCCUUUGCAAGACGAGGGUUGUAAUCCGCCGUACGCGCGUCUCGGAGCCGCCAGGAAGAUGAAUAAGCUCUACAUCGGCAACCUCGGCGAGAACGUCAGCCCCCUCGACCUGGAAAGUCUCUUUAAGGACUCCAAGAUCCCCUUCUCGGGCCAGUUCCUGGUGAAGACGGGGUACGCCUUCGUCGACUGCCCCGACGAGAGCUGGGCGAUGAAGGCCAUAGAGGCGCUUUCAGGUAAAGUGGAACUGCACGGGAAACUCAUAGAAGUUGAACAUUCAGUCCCUAAAAGACAAAGGAGUCGGAAACUUCAGAUCAGAAAUAUCCCGCCUCACUUGCAGUGGGAGGUGCUGGAUAGUUUGUUAGCUCAAUAUGGAACAGUGGAGAACUGUGAGCAAGUGAACACUGACACGGAGACUGCAGUUGUAAAUGUAACAUACGGCAAUAAGGACCAGGCUAGACAAGCAAUAGAAAAACUGAACGGGUUUCAGCUUGAAAACUAUUCCUUGAAAGUUGCAUAUAUCCCUGAUGAAAUGGCAGCCCAGCAACCUCCGCAGCAGCAUCCCCAGGGAAGACGUGGAUUCGGACAGAGGGGUCCUCCCAGACAAGGGUCACCUGGAGCGAGCACAAGGCAGAAGCCCCAGUCGGACGUUCCUCUGCGGAUGCUGGUUCCCACGCAGUUCGUAGGAGCCAUCAUUGGGAAAGAAGGAGCGACAAUCAGAAAUAUUACAAAGCAGACGCAGUCCAAAAUUGAUAUUCAUCGUAAAGAAAAUGCAGGUGCUGCUGAGAAACCAAUUACGAUCCAUUCAACUCCUGAAGGCUGCUCAACAGCUUGUAAAAUUAUUAUGGAGAUCAUGCAAAAGGAAGCUCAAGAUACUAAAUUUACAGAAGAAAUUCCCUUGAAGAUAUUGGCACAUAACAAUUUUGUUGGUCGACUUAUUGGCAAAGAAGGAAGAAACCUGAAGAAAAUCGAGCAGGACACGGAUACUAAAAUCACAAUAUCUCCAUUGCAGGACUUGACACUCUAUAAUCCAGAACGGACCAUUACAGUUAAAGGCAGUAUUGAAACUUGUGCCAAGGCUGAGGAAGAAAUUAUGAAGAAAAUCAGGGAAUCCUAUGAAAAUGAUAUUGCUGCUAUGAAUCUUCAAGCACAUUUAAUUCCUGGAUUAAAUCUGAAUGCCUUGGGUCUGUUCCCACCUUCUUCUUCAGGAAUACCACCUCCCGCAGUGAGCGUUGCCUCAGCUGCUGCUGCUGCUUCAUAUCCACCAUUUGGGCAACAGCCCGAGUCUGAGACUGUUCAUCUGUUCAUCCCAGCCUUGGCAGUUGGAGCUAUUAUUGGCAAGCAGGGACAGCACAUCAAACAACUUUCUCGUUUUGCAGGCGCAUCUAUUAAGAUUGCCCCUGCUGAAGGACCAGAUGCCAAGCUGAGAAUGGUUAUCAUCACUGGACCUCCAGAAGCUCAGUUCAAGGCUCAAGGGAGACUCUAUGGAAAACUUAAAGAAGAAAAUUUCUUCGGACCUAAAGAAGAAGUGAAACUUGAGGCUCAUAUAAAAGUGCCAUCCUAUGCUGCUGGUAGAGUUAUUGGUAAAGGAGGCAAAACAGUAAACGAGCUUCAAAACUUGACAAGUGCAGAAGUUGUAGUCCCUCGUGACCAGACACCUGAUGAAAAUGAUCAGGUGGUUGUGAAAAUAACUGGUCACUUCUAUGCAUGCCAGCUUGCUCAGAGAAAAAUUCAGGAAAUACUGGCUCAGGUAAGAAGGCAGCAGCAACAGCAAAAAACAUUGCAAAGUGGACAGCCUCAGCCAAGACGAAAAUAAAGGUUUAGGAAAUGGCCCAUCAGAGACAGAUGCCAGACCAAAGACAGACUGUGCAACAGAGAGACGGGUGGCGAGCACCCGUUGAAGUUAUAUGCAGAAGAUCCACCAAGCCAAUCACCUGUUCGAGGACCAGGCAACCGUUGAACGCUGUCUCUGAGAAUGUAUUCUUUAGGCUCUCUCAAACUUUUGAAACCCAGCUUUAAAAUAAGGACCCCUUCACUUCCCUUUUGUUCUAUUCUCACAAUUUAACAUAAACUUGUUAGUCUUUUUUAUUGUUCUUAUUAUUCCCCAACAAUUUUAGAACUUGGUUUAAUGAAGCUUUCUCUUCUGAGUUCACUGGUUUAAAAAAAAAAAAAAAAAAAAAAGGCAUUGCUCUUAUAGGUCCAGUUGUAAAAAACAAAAAAACAAAAAAACACAUUUGGGGGGUGGGAUUAUGGGUGGGCUAGGGUUAGAGCAAGGGUAUUGACAACAGUGUAAGUGUUAGUCCCAGUGUUGAAACAAGUGGCAUUUUUUAAAAAGAAUUUGGUUGCAUUUUUACAUAACACUGCCAUGAAUAACCUAAGGGAAGUGUUGAAUGGUGUUGGCCAGGGCAUAAAAAGAUAAAUAUGCAUUUUACUAAACUACCUCAGGCAUUUAGUACCUCAAUGAAAAAUUGUUCCUUUUUGCUUUUUUUUUUUUUUUUUUUUUUUUUUUUUUUUUUUUUUUUUGGUAUUUUGUAUACUUUAUAAAGCUAAUAGUUCUUGAGCAUUUUAUUUUUUUAAAAAAAAUUAAAAUUUGAUCAGCCACCAGCCAGGAGUACUACAGGCUUAUCGGGAAAAAAUAUAGUAGAGCACUUCUAGCUGCUGGCUGAUGGGAGUAAGGUGGAUAUAAAAAACAUAGCCUCCGAUUUUCUGAGGGCUUCAACACCAUCAUUUGUUUGAAAAAAAAUUCAGUGAAUGUUCAAAAGAUAGUGAAUGAUGCCAACAUUCUGAUAGCAGCAAUGCCGUUUAGUUUUCUUUUAAGAUGGGAUGAAAAAGUUUGUGACGGUACUUUUUUGGGAACAGGACAAGGAAGUGAUGGCAAGAGGCUGGGGUUGGGGGAAAAAUUUAGAAGGCUGCAAGAGGCUGAAUUUUUUUUUUUUUUUUUGUGCUACUUGAUUGAAUGCAUGAACCCUUUGUGCCUUUGACCAUCACUACCUAAUAAUGCUACAUUUAACCAUUUGCAGCCCAUUUGGACUUUGCCAUUUUGUUCAAAGAGCAAGCUUCAUCUUCAGUUUGAUAGAACACUUGAUCUGCGGGAGCGUUUCUGAGGCCGCGAGGGUCUCUGCUCUCUGCAGAUCGCAUCAUACUGCUUUCAGUUACCACAAUGGGGGAAGGUCAAACAGUGUUUGAUCACAUUGAAAGAUAAUGAAAGGCUAAGUUUACAUAUCCAGCCGCUGUUAUGGGCCACACUAAGCCACUUUGAAGGUUUUAAAAACUAUUACAAGAAAAAAGAAAACAACCACCUCUCUAGCCUGGCUUAUAAUAGAUGCAGCAGGAUUUAUGCACGUUCUGCAACCAACCAUUAGAGAAGAAAAAAAUGUCAAAAGGCAGGGAUAACAGGAAAGUUACCAAAUUUUUUAGUUUCCGAAUGUAAUUUGAAUGAUGAUUGUGGUAAUAGUGACACAUUCAAGUUUCUACAAUAAACUUCAGUCUACCUCAGUUUAAAAAAAAAAAAAAUGUGGCAACACAUGGUGCAUAAAGACUGCUGUGUGUGUGUGUGUGCGCGUGCGCGCCUGUAUGUGUGUGGUCGACAGAGCCAUGCUAUUACCUCUGAACCUUUUUUUGUGAUGUUUUUGUGCAUGAGAUGAUCAGAAUCACCAUGCUGCACUGAUUUGAGGGGCACAACGAGCAAAAACAUUUGUUUCAUCAUUUUGUUAUCUACCUCUUAGGUUCAUGUUGAAAUAGAGGCAUUACUACAUAGACUAGAUAAUUUUCCCAAAGAUCAUUGUUGUACAGAUUAGAUAAUUUUGAAAAUGGUCUGAAGUGUUUUUUCCUGCAUCUCUUCUUUACUAAUUGGUUUAAAAACCACAAACUUAUGUUGUAGCUUUAGCAGAGAAAAAUGAGUUUCUUUUCCUUUUUUGACAGUGACCUUCAUCUAGCCUUUAGGAUAAUUUUUUUUUCCUUACAAUGAAUUUAAAAUUACUGAAGUAUGAAAAGUCAUAGCAUUUUAAUUUUUGUUGAGGCUUAAGUCAGUCUGACAUUCCUUUCUUAACAUUUGAGAAGGAUUUGACUUCAUUAUUUUCCAUAAAAGUUACUUUACAAAUAUGCGCUGCAUUUACAUCUGCUGAUUUAAAUACUGUCAUCUCUUAAAUUUCUAGACUUAGUAUGGUAAAUCAUGUUUUUAUUUUUCAAUUGAGACUUGGUAAUUUGGAGUAUUUGGGAAUAGCUAGAAAGUAAAUACUGUAAAUGAUUUCAAUAUCCACAAAGUAUGGAUCAUUUUUCAUCUGUAAUGUGCCCCCCAAUGCAGCUCCACUUGCCAGAUGCCUCUGAAUGGAAUAAAGAGUUUAACUCCUAUCAUCAGA